AUGCAACGCCCGAAGCCUUGGACUCUGCAGUUGAGACUGCUCGUAUACCUCUUCGCUGCAGUUUCCUGCCUUACACUAUGGACAUCCUUUACGCCGCGCUUGUUCGCCCGCGCCGAAGUCCUCGGCGCACCUGAUACCGACCUUUCUGACGCCCCUAUAUUACAUGCGCUCGCAGGCGAUGGCCUUUCGGAUAUCGGGGAGGCUAGUCAUGAUGGAGAAGAAAGUGAGGGCUACGAGCCCGAAUUUGAAUACCUUGAUCGAGACUUGAUCGGACGACAAGUAGAGGAGAUGGACCGACUGGUCAACAAUCAGAAGAUGGAGAAGGAUAUUGAUCCUGAGAGUACGAUACACUUUGUGCUGGAGCGAAGCCAGCUGAGUUUGAGCCGCGUCGAUGAAAAUUCUGAGAAUGCUCUGGAAGUACGAGGAACAGACAACAUGUCGCAUGGAGACAUGGCAGAGGCGCAGGAUAGUAAGGGACUGAGCAAACGGCAGUCUAAUGGUACUCGUGUAUGGCUCACGGCCAACACCUGUAAACAGCCCGUGCCUAAUGGCAAUGCGACCGAAGCAUCCAAAAACCAUCCCCAGCUCGUCAUGUAUGUGUCGACUUCACCUGACAACAAGAGACCUGGACCAAGCAAUACUGAUAACACAAUUACGAAUCUUACGACGGGGCUGUUCAAUAGCGGGUAUGCCAGUUUUGAUUUCAACACGACUUCGGACGUAUAUAUUGGCAUUUCGGCACCCAAGCUCGAAGAAGAUUGGUUUGGGAGCUGGCACUUUGAGCUUGCUGCAAGUACCGACGGUCCCUAUCACAACUACAACGCAUCGGACCCAUUCUUGUACAUGAUUGAUACAGACAGCGAGUCUGCACUGUUCAUCACGUACGACCUGGGCGAUUCGAACUCGACCGAAGCCGUGAACAAGUGGAAACAGCAGAACCCCUUCUCGAUGUACGCUUUCCAGGCGGGCGAGUACACACCAAUCACGGGCAUGGAGCGGUCGUACUGUGCAAUCAAGGAGCAAUUCAACGUGAAUACCACUCGAAACUUUACAAUUGAUAGCAGGAUUACUACAAAGUUUGGAGUAGACAAGAAUGACAAUUUCCCAAAGAACCAGUUCCACGUCAGGGGCCUGCAGCGGGCCACGACGUACAAUGGUUUCGUGGUUAUUGAAGGAAGCCAGGAGCCUGAGUACAUUCCCGGUGCGGGUAUGACGAGGGGCGGUGGACGAGUCUUCCAGGCCUUUAACUGGACGACCAAAGCAGACGACUCCUGCCAAGUCCUCUUCGACCUCGAGUUCUGCGACUCAGUCGCCUACGCUGUCCCCUCGAACGCAAGCUUCAAAUUCAACGACACGGCCCUCGCCGAAAUCUACGACAACCAAGCCCGCGACUACUACGCCAACUUCACCAAAUCACUCGCCCAAGUCGCCUGUGACGCCAAACCCGAGUCGCAGUACUCGCUUGCACGCACAUGCGAAGAUUGCGAGCGCGACUACAAAAACUGGCUGUGCAUGGUACUCAUCCCGCGCUGCGAAGACUGGACCGCAAAAGACAGCUACCUCCAGCCCCGCAACAUCAACGCGCCCUUUGCAAACGGCUCGGUCCCGCUACGCAACGAAGUCGCGCUGCAAUUCAACGAUACGUACCGUGAGAAUGUGGGCUUCACACAGUCUCGCAAUCCGCUGAUUGACGAGCUGAUUAAGCCGGGCCCGUACAAGGAAAUGAAGCCGUGUGAGGACAUUUGCUUUGAUAUUGUGCGGAGUUGUCCGGCAAAGCUGGGGUUUGCGUGUCCGAAUGGGCGGCAGAGAGAAGUCAUGUAUGGGAAGAUGGAUGCGGAUCCGAAUCGGUUGACGUGCAGUUUCCCCGGUGCGGUGGUGAAGCUGAAUGCGAGGGGUGCGGCGGGGAUGGUCGGGGUGAGUUGGUUGGGUGUUGCUGUUGGGUUGGUUGCUGCGAUGGCUUGGAUUUGA